AGAGAGAGAGAGAGAGAGAGAGAGAGAGAGAGAGAGAGAGAGAGAGAGAGAGAGAGAUGACGGAGGUCUUCGAACCUUUGAUAGCUGCGCAAGUAGCCUGGGUGCGUGAAUUCCGGGACUUGGAUUUCAAGAUUGAGGAUGUGCGGAAAGGGUCGGAGAAUGCGAAGUAUGCGGAUCGGUUUACACUUGUGGUUCCUUGCUGCUUCGAGCGAAUACGAUGGCAAAUCAUCUUCAAGGCAGCGUACCCCACUUUGGCUCCAGACUUUGUGUUCCCUGCGGAGAAUGAGACAUUUCAGCCCCUUCUUGUCAUGCCAGAAAUUCCAGCAGCAGCAUCCGGGAAAGUUGGUCUGCUCGGAUUGCUGCGAGAUUGGAACGUUCGAGAUUCCGCAAGGCUCUUGCGGCUGGUGCUGCAGCUCAGGUACCUUUACUUGUGGCACCAGAGAAAGCUCGUCGAGAGAAUUGAGAACCAGAGAGUGAGGUUUGAAAUCAACUCUAUAGGUGCAUGGGAGGGGCUGGAGAUUUGCCUGGUUGGUCCUGAAGAUAGGCCAGAGGAGGUGCAACUGGCCAUCCCAAUGGUGGAUGUCGACCUUCACCCAUUGCUGGACCUGAGGCCCAGGCUUGACCUUCCAGGCAUGGAGAGUUUGAUGCAGGAGCUUAACCCUCUGGUGCCUUACCAGAACAUAAUAUUGCAGGUUAAGUUUCCACUGAACAAGGCAUCUACGUCUUCUCUACUACCCGCGCCGCAGUUCAAAGUCGCUCUUCCUGUCAACAUAAGGGAGAUGAUGGACACGGCGGAUAUCCCGUUUCAACCUUGGACGGAGAGUGAGUGCUUGAUGGCGUACCUGAUAAACCUGCAAGAUCAACUGAAGGAUAAUGUUAAAGAAGCGCGGAUGGCAAUGGACUAUCGACGACAGUUCAUCGAGGCGAUCCCGAAGGUCUUUGGCCAUCCGCUCGAGGCCGAGACCGUGUAUUUUCGAAGGUUCACCAUCGUUGCGUGCAUUCACGUCUUCACGUUCUUGGCGCAUUUUACCCUGCCUGCCGCAUUCCCAAAAGUCCCACCGAGUUUCUAUCUCCAAAGUACGCAGCAUUUCGAUAACUCCUCAAAGCCUCUGCGAUCUCGGUUGUAUGACGACUUUCCGUACAGUCCACGGUGGGACAUGGACGAGAUGGUCAGACGCAUCGCCAUGUUCAUGCAAGAUGAAGCAACCGCCUUCAAGAAACAAUGUCAGGAUUUCGCUAAGAAAUGACAGUGAGUUGAUGCCUUUCGGCUGCCUUGACCCUGCCUGAGCUAGCUAGUAAAGAGCCAGCCACCUGCAGUCUUGAAAUGAUGAGGAGAGUCAGGGGACAAUGACGCGGAAAUCAAGGGACCCUUUAAAAAAGAGAGAGAGAGAGAGAGAGAGAGAGAGAGAGAGAGAGAGAGAGAGAGAGAGAGAGAGAGAGAGAGAGAGAGGGAUUGAGGAACCCUAUCCAUCCAUGAGCUCAAACCCGGAGCAGGUCGGAUAAUAUGGGCCUCGCUCGUCUAUUCAACAUUCGACAAGUAUCUGAAUACGCACAUCGACCAGGUGCAUUCGCAUUGAUCGAGCAUUUGCAAUGCAUUGGGACUGAGGCCAGGUCAGAUCCAUUUCGCUUGUUGAGUAGUGGAGCGAGGCCCUACGACUAAAAUGAGAUGUCACGUGGACCUUGCUUGGUUGUCAGAAGCCUCGGUGGUCAUUAACACCCUCCGUGAUGGUCAUGACCAGACACAAUGCAAUGAUCCCCUCCCUCCGGACAUGGCAAAGUUGAUAAGUGGGGGAAAAAAGAAAAGCACGGAGGAAGAGGACUGCGGUGUGCGUUUUUUUUGGAGGGGGGGAGGGGGGCGGAUUUCCAAUCAUUUCAUUUUUAAAGGAUGCUUGUUGGGAGAGAGGGAGAUUCUGGAGUGAAAUUGGUAGGUAAAACUUGGCGAGCUCAACUAUAAGGGAAGUGAGCUGCUGAGCUGAAAGCCACUCCGUCAUCAUCAAUCAAUGGUCACCAUGGUCGGUAGUAGUUCUCUUAAACCACGAGUACCUUCGCCGAGUGGGAAAAUAGCGGGCCUGAAACGAAACGACAGCCGCCGAUGAGAUUUAUCAAUGGCAGCCGUCGUCGGGCCCGGGUGCCAAUUUUUUAGGAGUUCGGGAAAACUGCCAGUUUUUCCUAUUUUAGUAUUUCCCCAACACUGGCGGAGGUAUUAGUGCUUUGAUGAGGAAGGCUGGUGCAUUUCCCUUAGUGUACACUGUACAAAUAUUACUAAAGAAAACAAAAAAGUUGUGUUUCUCUUAGUAGUGAUCUGGCAUGACGAAGAGAACAAAAUAAAAAUUGUAUA